UGCAGCCGCUGCGCACACGUGGAGCAUUAAUCACGCUAUGCUGCGCGCGUGCACUUGAGUGCGGGUCUCACAGGGGCCACUUUAGGGGCUGUAGCGGAAAAAAAGCACUGCAGGAAUGACCCAACCCCGCGUGCGUGAGUAAACAGCCGUGAACAGUGAGCUGCGGAGCGCGAGGGGCAGUGUGGAAAACUUAAGGCGCUGUCCGUGGUGCUGAAUCGCCCCGCGGCGUCCCCUCACGCGAGCCUGUGAGCGUCAUCUUUUCUGUCCAUACCUGAGCUCUCCUCCUCUUCCUCUAUCUCCCUAUCGAUGCAUGAUGGAAGUCUACAAUUUGAGCCUCCACAUUUAACUCGGACACCAACACCAUGAAGGACUUGUGGAUUUAAAAAAAAAAGCCACCAAAUGAAGAAUCCGCCUGGGCUCGACAAAAUGUUUCUGAAGACAUCAUUCAUCACGUACUUUCACUGGUUAUCUAUUUACUGACCAGCGCGAGCCCGAUUCAGCCACCGACCUCCCCCAUUCAUUUCAUCAUGUUGUAGAAAUGAACUGCUGUGAUUUUGUUGCCCUUCAACAAUAGACCUGCGUUUUAAAUCUAAAGGGACAGCAACGAUACCCGCCGAGACAUGGCUCGUCUGCUUGUGUUGGUCAACUCCGUGGUCCUGUUGCUUUUUGGCAGCGACAUGUUCUUGGUAGGAGCAAACCGGCCACCAGCUCCCGUAAAUGUGUCUGUCACGCAUCUGCGGGCCGACUCGGCGACUGUAUCCUGGGAGGUUCCAGAGGGGGAUAUAAUCAUUGGCUUCUCGAUCUCGCAACAGAGGCAGGAAGGACACAUGCAGCGAUUCAUUCGGGAAGUCAACACCACCAGCCGCUCUUGUGUCCUCUGGGACUUGGAAGAGGAGACAGACUACAUCAUCCAAGUCCAGUCAAUCGGCCUCUACGGCGAAAGCCAAGCAAGCAAGAAGGUUCAUUUUCGCACCCUCAAGAAGACAGAUCGCUUCCCCUCCAACAGCUCUAAUCAAGAUGACCCCACUGUGCAGGGCCUGGACAAGUCCCGGCAUCUACAAACAGGAGAGAUGAUCAUAAUUGUGGUGGUCUUGGUCAUGUGGGCAGCUGUUAUUGCCCUGUUCUGCCGGCAGUAUGACAUCAUCAAGGACAACGACUCCAGCAACAAUAAGGAGAAGGCCAAGCCGUCAUCGGAAAGGAGCACGCCGGAGCACCACAGUGGAGGGCUGCUGAGGAGCAAGUUUCAUCCUUCUGUGCCGUCCAUCAACAUCAUAGAAGUCUGAGAAGAAGCAAGCUGAAGAUAAACUCCUCUGGCUCUUCUACCAUCAACAAAUUUUCCACCUUUCUCACUGAUGAGGAAAAAAGCUGAUAAAAUGUAUAGUUUCUGUGGGUCGUCAUCAGUGAAUAAGGUCGGCUGAGGCUGUCUUUGCAAAGGACACACGUGCAUGCACACGGUAUUUGUAGGAAAACAAAAAACUACAGGUACACACCCAUUCACACGACCCUACACACACUUACACACACCACAAAGUACAGUAGCUAAACCUACUCCUACAGGUUGAUAGUACAUAAACUAUAAUGUUAACCCAUGGUGCAGUUAACAUUGAUGUCUUUGCCAGGUGCUUGGUAUGUUAUUGCAAUACAAAACACACAACCAUCUCUGGGAGGCUGGUCUUCAUGACUUUAAAUACGCAGUGUAUUUUUGAUAUUGGCAUGUGCAAUUAGACACCACCUUCACCUGUUCACCUGUUAUAGGAAACUCUGCUUUACAUAAAUCAACAUUUUUCCAUUGCAAACAGUGUUAAUAUAUUAUCUCAUCACAAAUAUAUAUUAUCUGACUGCUGUGGGCAGAGUGUUAAUAAGAAGGGAAACACAUGUAUUCAUUUGUAAGAACAGCCACAAUGACAUGUCUUAAUUUUUUCUAAUAAUAUUUAAAUACCAUUUUCUGGAUAACAUUGUAUUUUUUCAUACUUCAUAAAUAACAAGCAUUAUAUCUGUACAUAUUUCAUUCAUUUACUACAGUUGCAUGCAGGUCAUUUGCCUGUAGAAUAGCAUUUGAUGUGCAUUCUAACCUAGAUGCCAAAAAUGGAGAAAUAAACAUGAUUGCAGUCCCGA